AUGACGGCGGUCGCAGCCGCUCCCAUGAUGAGUAACCAUGACUCGGGGACGGAGCCGGGAACCGACCACAGGGGGAGCGAAUGCGGUGCCGAGCACGCCGAUGAACCAUGGGGAGAGGAUCGCCGCGGCCGCGGCCGCGGCUCCCUCGGGGGCAACGAGCUCGCAGACCCAUCACGCGAGAUGCUGGGUGCACGCGGAGAUCUACAUCGCGACGACUCACAACGAUCCUCACCGUCCGGAGCCAACACGCAUAAGCGCAAGCGGUCGGAGUCGCGCGAGCAGGACUCCCGUCAGCCAUCAGAGCCAGGCUACCAUCACCAUGCUAGUCGCGGGUCCAUAAGCCAUCCGGGGGAACCACUGCCCCCUCUUCAGGCCAAUGGAACCGGAUCAGGAUCGGUCUCCUCAGAGAUGGAUUCGAUCAACCCGGUCGCGACGUCGGGCCACCGAUCGGAUACGAAUGAGGCGUCCCAGCCACCAUCCAAUGGCCCAUGGCCCGACUAUGACACCCACUUGAUCAGCCAGGCGCAACGGGCCCAGCAGAUGGAUGCCUCGGACGCACACUUGGCGGAUGCCCUCCAGCGAGAAGCGCAAGACCAGGAGACCCCUCGGAAUGGGGCCAAUCGCCCCGUUCCGCCGGCCCCCAACAUGCAGCCCGCCUCGUCUCCGACUUACGUGUCCGAUCGAUCUGCUGGGGCCGUUCAGGUCGCGCCCAAGCGAAAGCGUGUCUUUAGCAACCGCACCAAGACGGGGUGUAUGACCUGUCGCCGCCGGAAGAAGAAAUGUGAUGAGCAACACCCUGCGUGUAAUAACUGUAUCCGAGGCGGCUUUCUGUGUGAAGGAUACACAUCGCGAAGCACGUGGCAGAAGCCUUCGACGACGAAAGCGCCUGUUCCAUUGCAGUCCAAGGAAGGCUAUCCCGACAUGAGUGGUCAAUACGCCGAAACCGCCGCCCACCAUGACCGGCCACCGUCGGGCUUGCCGGAUCAUAUGGAGUCGCGGAAAAUGAGGCCGUUGGUGGUGGAUGACAAUGAGCGCAUUACCCAACCAUAUACCACCAGCCCCUCCAACAAUACAACCCCCAACCAUGCAUCGUCGUGGUCAAAACGCACCUGGUCGGGCUCUGGUCAUCCCACGUACGUGCCUCCAGACCACCUGGCGAAGCCCGAUUAUCGAGAGGUGGCACCCAUCCACGAGCUCCCGCCGCGAGAGUCCCACCCGAAGCCGGACUACCCCGUGGUUCCUCCCAUUCGGGAGCUCUCUCAUGGACCACCACCGAAACCCAAUAUGCCCCUGUUCCAUAGUGCGGUCGAGCAGCGGCCCAUGCCGCCGGCGCCGGCACCCGUCUCCGCGAUCGACACCAGUAGUCCACAAGCACAAGCACGGAUGGCCCUCAGCAUCGAGCAUCAGCUAUCGGGUCGUGCCAUCAAUGUGGAAGAAACGGAAAAGGAUAAGAUGAUUCGGGGCGAACUGUACCGGCCUUUCGAUGUGCAACUCGUGGAAGAGAGAGGCCGGUGCAAGCGCGCCUUGUGGAGAUUUAACAAUGCGUGUAACCCACACUACGGGUUAAGCUCGAAGGAACAGAAUCGCCUUCUCAAGGAACUCCUGGUUCCCCCAUCGGGUUCGGUCGUCAAUUCCCCAUCGGGGGUGGCAGGGUCUCGUUCCUCCGGCGCCAUCGGGCAAGGAGCGGUCGUGGAAUCCCCCUUCCACUGCCAUUAUGGAUAUAACAUCCAAAUCGGGGAAGACGUGAUGAUUCACCAAAAUUGCCUGUUUGUCGACGAUUGCGGGAUCAGCAUCGGUGCUCAUAGCUGGAUUGGACCCAACGUCACUUUACUAAGCUCGAUGGCCCACUCUAGUAUGCAGGAGCGCAAAGGGUCCCAAAGCCGGUAUCAAGGGCGUCCCGUCAUUGUCGACGAAGAUUGCUAUCUAGGUGCAGGGUGCACCAUCUAUCCCGGAGUCCACCUAUAUCGGGGUGCCUACGUUGCGCCGGGAGAGGUGGUGAAGACCGAUAUUGUUGCAUAUGGGUUCCAAGGAUACAAACCCAGUUAUAUGUGA